CACAACUCACAAGCGUCGUAAGAAAACUUGUGGACAAGGUCGAUGCUGUAAGAGAUGUGCCAGAACGAAUCUUACAGCUGAUUCUUUUCCUGUGGACCGUUGGAUCAUCGUGGCUGUAUUACGGUCCGGAGAUUCCCACCAGAAAAGCCAGUGAUCCUCGGCGCUUACGCCAUUCAAUUGUGUUACUGCGCCGUUGUCGUCUCUCUUCUCUACACGAGUCGAGAGAGAGAGAGAGAGCUUGGAUUUCUCACAUGGAAGUGGCUCGGCUCUCCAGUUGCGGCAUCUUCCACAGCCCGCCGUCGGCGGCAGCGGCCUCCUCGCAUCGGAGGACCCGCCGGCAUCGAUCAGUUCAUCUCAGAUCUAGGUUUUCCAGUAUCAGAGUCUUCGCCGUGGCCACUAAAUCUUCCGUUUCGUCUUCUACUCCUUCGAGUUCAGUCUCCGGUUCAGUCAAUGGCGCUGCGUCGAAUAGGUUCGGUAACGUAUCGGAGGAGAUCAAAAAGGUGCGGAAGCAAAUGGAAGAGGACGAGCAGCUGGCCUCGCUGAUGCGAGGGCUCCGAGGUCAAAACCUCACCGAUGUUCAGUUCGCCGAUGAGAGCAUCCGCCUUCGAUUAGUUGAG